CUGAAAAAAACCAUCUGGGUUUUUUCUGGAACCUCUCCUUAUUAAUGAAAAUGAAGGAAAGUUUGUACCUUUAUGUGAAAAAAGUGAUUCAAGAGAGCUGAAAGCGAAGUGGGUGAGGGACAAUGUCCAAGUCUUGCAAGGGUUUGGCCAUGGAGCUAGUCAAGUGUCUCAGUGAAUCUGAUUGUGUUAAGGUUGACAAGAGAUCCUAUAGAGAGUGUGCUGGAGAGAAGAUUCCAUCAAUACCCAGUGAGUGUGUGGGACUCAGGGAAACCUAUUUCAAUUGCAAGAGAGGCCAGGUUGAUAUGAGAGCUAGGAUUCGUGGAAACAAGGGUUAUUAAUGAUCCAAUACAUUGGAAAAUUUUAUAGUUGUACUGUACAAUUUUGGUGCUUUCAAAUUUUAGCUCAAGAUGAAGUCCACACAAGCGAAAGAUGAGGGUGAAUCUCAGAGGAUGCGAGGCCCUAUUAAUUUUUUGAUUUGAUGGCAUUGUAAGCUACGCUUUCACAUUGUAGUAAGGAUUUUGCUUUGUUAGAGAGAACUUUAAUAUAAACUCUAUUGAGUAUUAACAUAGUAGUGCAGGUACAUUCACCUACACUCGAGUGACAA